GUGGAGGCAUUAGCAACCAUCAUCACGUCACCGAGCGCUCAAAAGCUAGCUAGCAGCAUUUGAAGAUAGCUCUCUUUUUCAAGAGAGAAGUUAAACCUUCCAGAUUCAAACAUGUCGUCACGGACUCUACCUUUGCUCUUUAUAAACCUCGGCGGAGAAAUGCUUUAUAUCCUGGACCAGCGGCUACGAGCUCAAAAUAUCCCCGCUGACAAAGCCAGGAAAGUUAUGAAUGAUAUCAUCACCACUAUGUUCAACAAAAAGUUUCUGGAGGAGCUCUUCAAGCCGCAGGAGCUUUACUCCAAGAAGGCACUGCGCACAGUCUUUGACAGGCUGGCACACGCCUCCAUCAUGAGGCUCAACCAAGCCAGCAUGGACAAGCUCUAUGACUUGAUGACCAUGGCCUUCAAGUACCAGGUGCUCCUCUGUCCCCGCCCCAAGGAUAUCCUACUGGUGUCCUUCAACCACAUGGAUGCAAUCAAGGAAUUUGUCAAAGACACUCCUUGCAUCUUGAGCCAAGUGGACGAGACGUACCAGCAGAUCAUUGAGAUGUACACGCCGUUACUUAGUGGUGAAUUCCAGCUGAUUAGACAAACGCUUCUAAUCUUCUUCCAGGAUAUGCACAUCAGAGUGUCUAUUUUCCUCAAGGAUAAAGUGCAGAACUCCAACGGUCGAUUUGUGCUUCCCACCAGCGGCCCCGUACCCUACGGCACACAAACCCCAGGCUUGAUAAGGAUGUUCAGCUGUAAUGGCGAAGAGUCAAGCAGGCUGCAGUUCAACAACGGUGGAAACUAUGCCGCUGCUCUCUGUGAAGGAUCCUGUGAGCUUUUCGGAGACAGGGUCACCAAACUAGGCACAAACAUGUACAGCGUGUGCCGUCCGGUGGAAACUCACAUGUCAGGUACACUGAAGAACUCUGCUCAGCACACAAAGGUCAAUACUGCUCCCAACCCGCUGGCCAAAGAGGAGCUCAAUCUUUUAGCCAAGCUCAUGGGAGGCUUAGAAGUCCAGAAACCACCUGGGAAUCUGGACAGUAACUUCCGGGUCAACCUCUUUGCUACCGACGAGGAGGAAGAAGAGGCGUUAAUGUCGAGACCAGAUGAGCUGUCGUAUGGAUUCAUAAACAUCCAAGCUACAAAGGACCAAACGGCCAAUGCGGAGCUGGCCAAAAUCAUGGGCGAGUUCAGUGAGCCUCGGGCGUCACGGGACCAACCCCCAAGUGCCAGCAGCAAAGGAGACGACCUCUUGGCCAUGAUGGAUGGCCUGUGACCGCUUGGCCCCCCUUUCCCACAGAAGAUUCACUCUUAAGGGUGUCCCCAAUGGCGAUGCUUUGUUGUCUACAUCAGCACAACACGUUGCUGCAACCUGUGUAGACCAGAAAACCUUGAGGUGCUCCCCUCCCCCAAACAGGUGUAGGCCUGUAUGGUACAAUGUAUGCAGAGACUUGCAGAUACACUGUCAUAAGACACUGGCAGUUUGACAUGCACCAUUUUGCCCAUCUCAUGCAUACCGUAAAUGCUGGAGCUGUUAAGUUCCCUCAAAGACGUUAGUUGGAAGCAGGCCAUAAUUGGAGAGACUAUUGUUUCUGAAAAUUGGUAAUUCAUAUAACAUAAUUUUUAACUUCAAUGAUGAUUUGGAGUGCAUGAGAAUGUCAGAGGAAAACAGUAGUUUUUUUUCAAAAGCAGGAUAUUGCACAACUCAUCAGCAACAUGACCAACGUUGUAAUAGCGGUAGGGAGCAUUAAUACUGCUAAUGAGUUCAUUACAAAUGACAGGUCUAACACCAACAAGCUGGGAACCAUUUUAAAGCACAUACAGAGGUAGAUGAAACUGCUGGAGGUUAACCACUCGUGAUACUGCGAAUACAUAAAAACUACAUUAGGAGGUUACCUACAGCCACAGCUAAAAUGUUGGGGUUUUUUUUUUUAUUUUGCAGCUGUGCAAUGUUUUUUCACUCACUCCCAAUCAGCAACUCCAGUAAUGUCAUCCAUCAGCUAUAGAAGAUUCUGCCAUUAGUCAAGGCAUUUUCAGUGUUCUUGGUAUUCAUUCAAGAAGGAGAUGCUGGCCGCAUCAUUUUUAGGUUUGUAGUCCAUCAUUUUAUGUUAAAGAAUCAAACUCUUGCUAACCUCUUCUGUAUUUUAAAGGACACAGUGCAAGGGAAUGGACCCAAGUGCUCUUUACAAACGUGGUUUUUAGCUUCCCUGUAGUAGAAAAGAAGUCCACUUUGUGGUGGUGUCUCAGGGAUGACUCUUAAAAGGGACGUAUUAUGCUCAUUUUUCAGUUGUGGACUCCCAUAGAGCAGAUACUCAUCAUAACCUGCACAGAAAGCUUUCUAGAUCUUCCACAAUUGGCACCUAUUCAGGCUUUCCAAAAUGGUCUGUUUUUAUUUAUUCCACCCAUGACCCGCCUUUGAGCACGCCUACUCCGCUGUGAUUGGUCACAUUCCCAAUCACUCCCGAGGACUUCCGGACUACUGCCGAAGCCAAUAUUCUUAAUUUUGGCGGUAUGAGACUUGAUAAUAAUAGUGUAAAUUGAGUCAUUAAACGUGUUUUGCGAUACAAACGGUGUUUAAAAAACUGGUAGAUCCACAGAUUGUAGUGAAAAAGGCUAUUAGCAACUACAUACAUUGGUGAUCUUGUAAUUUGCAUGCAAGAUACUUCCUGUAUUAACACUAUAAUGCUACACAGACAACAGCUUACGUACACAAAACAAACAUAUUUCGGACACUGAUAAAUUAAAUAGCUUACAGCUUGCACAUCUGACUCUUCAACAUGACCAAAUGUGCAAACCUCAUUAUCUGAAAUUUUGGCAUCGUUUAACACAAGAUUACAACAUUCAUACAACAUUUAUAACAUUUAUUAAAGUGGAAAAAGCAUAAUGGGUCCCUUUUAAGAGGUAAAAUUUUAAUCAUGAUGGACUUGCAGCCCAGAAACUCUUAUUUAAUAUGUAAAUAUGUGUAUGACAGUUUAUUCAUCCGAAUGUAUUUUUUAAAUAUUAAAUUUCAAUUCAACUUUAUUUAUAUAGUGACAAAUCACAACAGCAGUUAUCUCAUAGUACUUUACACAUGGUUACAAAGAGAACCAACUGAAAAUUUGUGCAUUAUGAUGCUGUGUAAUUAUCAGUUGAAAUAUAUUAAAAAUUCUGAUUUGCAAAAUAUUGGACCCAUGUUAUUUGAGUGGUGAUACACUAAUAACUGUAUUGGCACUAGAGGGUGCUGUUGAUCUUGAAGUACAACUAGACUUACACACAUUGCUGAAUAUUUUUAUUCUGCUAUAAUUGCUGUUUAUUUUGGAAUUAGUAGGAAAUUAACACAUUAACUUGGUAUUUAUUUCAUUUAUUCACCAUAAAUUGAUUAAUAAUUAGAAACUUUUAUAUUUUCCAAUGAUAUUUUAAGUUUUUUUGAGUGUUCUUAAGCAUGCAUACCAAAUAAUGAAGGUGGUGCAUUAUCACAAUAAAAUACAUAAUUCUCUGAUUGUAUGUGCAGGUAUUGAAGUAAUCUUAAUGGCCUUGGCCAAGCAGUGAAGAUACAAAUUAGAAAAGCUACCCUGAAAGACAAUCAAAACAAAAGCACCAUUGCAUAUUUGAAUAAUGCUUUCAGUGGAUGUUAUCUGCUACCAUAGCUUCUGCGUGACGCAUGAAUUAAUUUCCUCUUUUAAAAAGGUGUGGUCAUGCAAGAGACUACAGAUGCUAUAUAGCCUGCCAACUGUUUCAUGUGGCCGUGGGGGGGCUGAGUCAAGACAGGAAGACCAAUGUGACUUAAAUAAGUCCAUGCCGUUUAAAUUGCUCUUUCUUGUGGCUGUGGUUGGAAUUUUUAGCUCACUGAUGUCGGAAUUGGCUAUAUUAAUAAGUGUGUGUGUUGAUAGAAUUGAAUAAUAGAAUUGAACAUGUGAAGUUUAUGAUAACCCUCACACUUGCACAGAUGA